GCGGAGCCCUUGAGGUCCAGAGACUGGCACGGCGCGUCAGUGGAGCAGCCAGCCACGGAUCCAGCCCCCUUCACCCGCGCCUCGGUUCCACCCCUUGCCAACAGUCCUGGCCUCGCGACACCGGACAGCCCCCAGUUCUGAGAAAUCGGGGAACAUGUUAAAGAACUGGCUGAUUAUUUUUAUCCUUUUCCCCCUGAAGCUCAUAGAGAAAUGUGAGUCCACCGUCAGCCUCACUGUUCCUCCCAUUGUGAAGCUGGAGAACGGCAGCUCAGCCAACGUCAGCGUCACCCUUGGGCAACCGUUAAACGCAACCUUGGUGAUCACUUUUGAAAUCACAUUUCGUUCAAAAAAUAUCACUAUCCUUGAGCUCCCUGACGAAGUUUUGGUGCCUCCUGGAGUGACAAAUUCCUCUUUUCAAGUGACGUCUCGAAAUGUUGGACAAGUUACUGUUUAUCUGCAUGGAAAUCAUUCCAACCAGACUGGCCCAAGGAUACGCUUCUUGGUGAUCCGCAGUAGCCUCGUGAGCAUCAUAAACCAGGUGAUUGGCUGGAUCUACUUUGUGGCCUGGUCCAUCUCCUUCUAUCCUCAGGUGAUCAAGAACUGGAGGCGGAAAAGUGUCAUUGGUCUGAGCUUUGACUUCGUGGCCCUGAACCUGACGGGCUUUGUGGCCUACAGCGUGUUCAACAUCGGCCUGCUGUGGGUGCCCUACAUCAAGGAGCAGUUUCUCCUCAAAUACCCCAACGGAGUGAACCCUGUGGAUAGUAAUGACGUCUUCUUCAGCCUGCACGCGGUCGUCCUCACUAUGAUUGUCAUUGUGCAGUGCUGCCUGUAUGAGCGAGGCAGCCAGCGCGUGUCGUGGCCUGCCGUUGGCUUCCUGGUGCUCUUGUGGCUCUUUGCAUUCACCACCAUGAUUGUAGCUGCAGUCGGGGCGACCACAUGGCUGCAGUUUCUCUUCUGUUUCUCCUACAUCAAGCUCGCGGUCACACUGGUCAAGUAUUUUCCACAGGCCUACAUGAACUUUUACUACAAAAGCACCGAGGGCUGGAGCAUUGGCAACGUGCUCCUGGACUUCAUUGGGGGCAGCUUCAGCCUCCUCCAGAUGUUCCUCCAGUCCUACAACAACGACCAAUGGACACUGAUCUUCGGAGACCCCACCAAGUUUGGACUCGGCAUCUUCUCCAUCUUCUUCGACAUUGUCUUCUUUAUCCAGCACUUCUGUUUGUACAGAAAGAAACCAGGGUAUGACCAGCUGAACUAGCACCCAGGGACCCAGUGUAAACAGCCCCAAGCUCUGUGCCCUGGGGGGGAAGACCCCCGCCAGGGAAGGCCUCAGCCAGCAAAGGCCAGAGACUGCAGUCUGGCUCUGGUGUGCACAGCUGGCUCGGCAUGUGCACAGAGAAGCGCUGUCUUCCUCAGAGCCAAACACCUUCAACUCCAACCAGCCUGCCUCCCUCCAGGGCCCUCGUGCACCCCCUGGCCAGCCAUCUGGCCCUCCUGCAUCUUGAUGCCACCAUCUCUCUUUUCUUUAAGGCUUCAGGCAGCACACACAGGUUCUGGCAGCUGUCUCAGGCAGGAUUGAGUGCUGAGCUUGCAGCUAAAGGCCUCGCCCCAACCAACCAGUGUUUCUGGGAGCAGCUUGAAGGGCUGACCUGCAGCCACAUUGCCAAGGGCACUUUGCUGCCACCGCUGUGUUCCCAGAGACCCAGCAGCCAGUGCUGUGGCCAGUGGACUCAGAGGUGCUGGUGCUGGUGGCAGAGGGGCUAGGACUUUGGGGUCAGGCCUUGGGGUCCUUUCUCUGAAGGCUGCUUGCCUGACACUCAUUCUAGGUAACUCAGCAUCCGUGACUACAGUCAUAGCUGGCCCACACCAGAGUAUUUCUGAGCCCACCAGACUGGUCCUAAAGUGGACUCACACCCAACACCCUCUGCAUCUUUAUCACAGAGUCAGACUGUCACACUAACUCCUUUCAGAUAUUUUGGAGGGAUGUCUUGGAAGUGGCUCACUUUCUUCUGCCCUCUCCUACCUCCACCUUCCCAGAGUCAAGUGGGGCCCCACCUGAGCACCCCAGCUGCUCCUUACCCUGCAUCUGGAGUGCAGGACACGCACACACAUCCUUUCUCUUCCUACCAGUCUGUGCCUUAGAGGCCUGUUAGACCUGCCAAAUGGUGAGAGGAGCUCCCUCGGAGGGGAGGGCAGGCCCCCUUCCUUCACGUUUCCCAGCCUGAGACUCACCAAUUUUUGGCUGUUCAGGAGCCUCACAUAACUUAAGACCACCUCACACAAUCCUUAUGGGCUCAACCCUGACCUCAAACCUCCUCCUCUCCCACCCUAAGCUGCUGUCCUUCCUAUGGCAGGAGGGGAGGGUCGCAGGACGUGCCUUGUAGAUGCCUCAAGUUUGUCAGUCCACUCUGACUUUUUUACUGCAAGAUCAAUGUGAAGGGCCUGUAUCUCUAAUUAAAACCUGACUUGUUUCCUUUCUGCA